CCCCCGAAUAAAGCAAGCGAACCAAUUUAGUUUUUUUGUCUGUUGGUUCAGAUUUGACGAAUCCGACCCGCCCCUUUCUAUUUCUCUUCGUCUCCCAAUUUUUCUAGGGAAUUUUGUUGCAUCCACGGCAUUCCUUCGGGUGUUUCUUUAGUUGUUGCGAUCUGUGUACCGAUCUAGUUGGGCCGAAUGAGAACUAAGUCCGGGGGAAAUUACUGCGAGUUUUGACAGAAAAGAGAAGAUUCUAGAGAGAGAGAGAGAUAGAGAGAGAGAGAGGGAGGAAGAUAUGGUGGAAUGAGGUUAAAGAAGAGAGAUGGCGAGGGGAGAAUGGGGAUAUGGAGGGGGGAGAGGGAGCGGUUGUUCGUACAAGAGGACCACUCUUAUUGUUUGCUCCGUCAACAUUAUCAUUGCUCUUUACGUUCUUCGUUCUCUUUAUGCUUCUCUUUAUAUCUAUUCUAGUAGCAACAACGUUGUAAACUACACCCCGGAUCAGAUUAGGAAAAUGGAGGAAUCUAUACGGGUUCGAAGAGCGAAAGAACCUGCGGAGCUUGUUAAAUUGGUGAAGAAACUGAGGCAUGAGCUUUCCAGCGAGGAGCCAGUAAUUGAGAUAUCACGGGUUGUGAAACAGAGACUAACUGAUGAGUUACUGGAGCGCUUAAGGAGUUUAGAUGAUAGCGUGAAUGCUACUCAGCGGCGAGGUGGGUGCACCUUUAACCUCAAUUUAAGUAUCUUAUCUUUAUCAUACAAAAACUUAAAAAUAGUAUUAAAUGCUCUUUCAAUGGUUAGCAAAGCAGUAAAGGCUGGAAGGGUAAGUCAAAUGAAGAGAUUACUGCAAAUGAACUAGAUGGUAGUGAAACAUGUUCUAAUUGACACAUUUUCAGUCCUAUACUCAUGAUUUUUAGUUCGAUUUUACUGUUGUCUUCUGGAAUUACUCCAUAAUUAUUUUUGGGAAUAUUUAGGCAUUAUUUGAUGCAUCAAGAUUGCAUGUAGCACCCGAUCCAUAAGCUUCCAGUGAUCAUUUCUCAUUCUUCUAGGUUCAUUGUUGAAUGAAGUGUGUUUUUGCUUUCUUUAGGAAGAGUGGAUGUGUUAUUCAUUAACAUCAUGAUGCUCGUAAGUUGUUACUGGUGAAUCAAACAAAUGCUCUAACUUCUUCUCUUCCUCUUUGUCAUAGAACUAAUUUUUUUAUGUUUCACCAACCCAGAUAAAUUUUGUCAGUUUUGUCAAGUUACUAUAUUCAAGUUCUAUCCUGAUUUAGUGCAGUGAUACUGUUGCUAUUUUAACUUUUUGGAAACUGUCUGAAUCACUAGAACCUACAUAUCUUUAGAUGAAAACUGCUGGAAUUAGUAUAAGAAAGCUUGGGCCUUGUUAUGACAUCUUCCAUCUUACCACAUUGUAUUUCUUUUAUGGCCCAAUAGCCGAUAAAGGAAAAGAAGAAAGCAGAACAAGGAAAAAUGUGGGAGUUCAAGAGUGGGCCCCAUGCAGGAGAGUGAACUCCUUAAACAGUUUUACUUAAUAUUUUAUUUGGGAAAAGAGGAUAUUCAGUGGAUGAGUGUGGAAGUAAGUAAGAAAUAGGGUCACGAAAGAUCCUUAAAAUUAGGAAUUUGGUAUUUAUUGCAUUUAGCAUUAUUAGGAGCAGACUAGGAGGCCCUCUGUUAAAAGAAAGGCUCAUGAUCUGAUCAUCAAUAAAUAUGUAAAAAAUUCACUUGAAUAAAAGGAAUAAGGAAUGAUUAAUUGAAAACAGUUUGUAAAGUACCUUAACUCUAGAGAUCUGUGAUCUCUUUCCGGUAAAACCUGAACCAUAAAUUCCACAUAUUUGAACCCAUAACCUGAUCCUAAAGUUGGGAUUGAAACAACGGAGUAGGAGGCUAUGAGUGUAUUUUGAAACUUGGGACCAUAAUAGGUUGGUGUCAGAGUAGGAGGCUAUUGGUGAUCUAAAGUUCUUUUAUUUUGAUAGAAACAAAUUCUUAUUAAGAAAGAAAGGAAGAAAAAACAUACCAAAAAAGGAGGACAAGAAAUCCUCAAGAAAAGAAAAAAUAUAAAAAAAACAAACAAAAAUGAAGGUUAGAUAAUUCUUCUACAUAUCAGUUUUUCUUUAAAGCAGAUAAAGAUAAAUCCUUAAAGUGAUCUUAUGCCUUAUAAUAAAGGGAAGCUAAGAAAGGCAACUUUUCCCAAAGGAUCAUUAUUGGUGAAGAGUAGUCCCUCAGUUUUCUUGCAACAAAUAACCUAGCAAAGAAGGCAUUGCACCAAAGAAGCCUAAUCUCUUUCUUCAAAUUUGGAACAAAGAAAAGACAUUAAGACAGCCCUAUUUUUUUGGUGAAGCCCAAGAAAUGCCAAAAGUGUCAAACAAAUGACACUAAAUUCUCUAGGCCAUAUCACAAUGCAAAAAUAGAUGAUUGUGAAUCUUCGCAUCACAAAUCCCUGAGUACAAUUCACAAUUUGGUCAACAAGCUGGGAGCAUAUAAUUAGUAUUUAGCUUGCCGAAAACUGCAGACUAAACUAAAACUUCAAUCUUAGAGAGAGUGGAAAUCUUCCAAAAAAUUUUAUUUUAAAGUGUCAUUACAGGAGGCAGGACGGUAAACUGAAGAAAAAGUAUAAUAUGAUUUGCAUGACUAGAGGCUUUGAGGUUUCCGAAAACCAGGUUCUAUGAUCAGGGUUAUAAGAACAGAAUCAAGUAGGUGAAGCAAAACCUUCAUCUCAUUAACCUCCCAGUCAUUAAAGUUUCUAAAAGAUCUGUUCCAACAGAUGGAAUCAUUAAAGGACUACUCAAGAAAAGAAAUGUUGACAUGGUGACUUGGUGGUAUACUUUACAGACGAGGGAAAUGGGAUGCUAAAGGAAUGUUAUCAUGUCAAGGAUCCUCUCAAAAGGGUAAGUGAGAACCUUCACCACCCUCAAUUUGAGCAAGGGUAAGAAUGAAUCAGAAAGGCUGGGGAUCUUAUAUGUCCUCAAAAUAAUGGCUUCAGAACGCUGUCCAUCAUGAUGCAAACCAAAAAUGCUGUUAAUUACCCUGCACUACAAAGACUUAGGUUCAAAAGGAAACUUGAGAAGCUAUUUGGCCAAAA